CCAAUUGAACAUUUGAGAUCUAAUGUCAAUGCUAGUGCCAAUUCUACAGAAAUUAUUCCCAAGACUAUUAUUAAUCACAUUCAAGUUACUGACACUAGCAUUAAACCUGUCAUCAAUGCUCCUUCUACCGUACCUGACACUAUUACAUCUACAUCUGCAAAAAAAUCAAUGAGAAUUAGAAGGAGAAUUGCAGCUACAACAAAUGCAAAGCAAAAAAUAAAAUCCUCAAGAAAAUCUAAAAAAUCUAUUGGUUUAUUUUCAAAAAUUAAAGGAUUUUUUGGAUUAUCAAAUUGA